GUUCAGACGUCUACACAAUCGUAACAACUGCCUUCCUGCAAAACCAAACACGUCCGAACCCAGAGCCACAGAUAUGAAGUAGCGAGAUGAAACUACAUGCAGCCACACAAGGCAGACAUUCGAGUGCACUGAUUUGCAUUCGAAUGACACGGCAAAAGUGUAUUUGCAUGUGAAUACCCCAGAUUCAUUUAUACUUGGUAGAAUGCACUUGAGCAAAGCUCAGCAGCCAUUGGCUGAUCCCUGACCCGCGCUUUCGGUCAUCGCCCGUUGAAAUCAACUGACGUCAACUCUGAGCGGAGGGAGAACGCAGCGAAGCGCUAAGAGCCGACGCACACGGCAGCGAUACAGCUCUGGCCUCGCCGGCCACCGAAAGCAUGUCAAAGCGCAGAGCCUCCGUGGUCUUUGACCACUUCUACAUCCCAGACAAUGGAGAGGAGGUGUGCAAGGCACGCUGCAAGUACUGCCCGCUGGAGAUGAGCUUCAACAGGAAGGCCACCUCCAACCUUCUCAACCAUAUGAAGCGGAAGCAUGCCUCCAUACCCCUGGAUCCAGUGUCUAGCAUCACCACCCACUGGGCCCCUAUGCCAACCAAGAGCAUGCUGGCACCCAAGAAGUGGCAUAGCACUGAUGCCAGCCAGGUCCAGGCCGACCGCGCUCUGGUCAACCUGAUAGCUGGGGAGCAGCUGCACGUCUCCAUUGUUGAGAGUCCCUUCUUCCUGAGCUUCAUGCAGGAAGUGCAGCCCGCCUACAAUGUUCCCAGCCGCCACCACUUUGUCAACUCGCUGGUGUGCCAGCAGUACAACCUGCUCCACGGGCAGCUGGAGGCCCUGGUCAAGGCUGCCCAGAGCAUCUGCCUGACUGUGGAUGUCUGGUCAGGGGAGCAGGGGUGCACCUACAUGGCAGCAAAAGGCCACCUCAUUGUGGACUACACCCUCAAGUCAGUGUUGUUCUCCUGCAAGCGUGUACGGGGUUUUCAGACGGCCGAGGACAUCCUUAGCUACUGUGAGACCAUCUUGGCCAUUUAUAAAACGCCAAGCAAAAUUGCCAUCGUUGUCAGCGACAACACAGCACCCUGCAACACCAGCCUCCCCGGGUUUGUGCAACACGGUGAGUCACCGUUGGCGAGCGCUGCAGAGCCAGAGGUAAAGAUGGAAGGCCAGGGUGCUCCCGCACCCACAGGCGAGAGCACCUCGAGCUCCAGCACCACGCAGUACGUUUCCCAGUACGAGCCCUCGUUCGCUCACGCGCUCCAAUUGGUCGUCAGGGAUGGGCUUCUGGCCAUACCGAAGGCAACUGCGGAUGUUCUCGCUAAGGUCUCGGCAAUGGCGUACCGCACUAGGGAUGCCAUGCCAGGAUCGGCAACAGAUCGCCUGGAGGAUCAGCUCAAGGGCCAGGCCACUGGCUGUGCCCCCUGGAACCGGCAGCUGAAGCUUGUGAAGAGCAUUCUGGGUGACCAAGACGACCAGCUGGGCCCAAGUACACACACUAACCCGAGCCUCACUGCCUUGGAAAGAGCAAUUUUGGAGGACUUCCUCCACAUCAUGAGGCCAUUUGAGGAGAUCACAGACCGCAUCCAAGGGGAGCGGGUGGUCCCAGCCAGCCUAGUCAUUCCAUCAAUUUGGGGGAUCCGGAAGCACCUGAGCUCUCAGUCAGAGCACAAUCACAAGAUGGUGGUGGGCCUCACAAUUUCCACUGACAAGUGGCUCCAGCAGUACGAGGCCAAGUCUUCCUACCUGCGGGCCACCAUUUUGGACCCACGUCUCAAGUUGCGUUGGACCGAGGGUGACCACAGCUCCCGCCUCAAGGACGACCUGCUCUCGAUGACCGGUGCCUCGGCCGGAGACACCCGGGAGCCCGCUUCUGCCUCAGAAGCGCUGUGCCCGCCUAGAAAGAAGUGCUUGUUUCCUUUCUUUGAGGAUGAGCCCCAGCACUCCGCCCCAAGCCCACAUGUCGAAGAGGUGGAGACAUACUUGCAGGAACCCUGCAUUCCAUACCACCAGGACCCCCUGGUGUUCUGGAGGGGGAACCUUCAGCGGUUCCCUCGGCUUUCCUCGCUGGCCCUGCAAUACCUCUGUAUACCAGCAUCACCUGUUCCGACCCUGCACCCCGACAGCACCGGGCUCCCUGAUGGCGACUUCGAGAGCCUGACGUUCAUCAAGCUCAACAACAGUCUGCUGCAAUGAUCCCUGCAGCAUUGUGGCAUUUUUUUAUAAAAAAAAAAAAAAAAAAAAAAA